CGCGCCUGUCCGUCGGUCCACGCAGCAGUCUUCCAUUUUAGCGGCGACCUCACCGGGACAGAUGUCGCUGUGUGUCCUGCGAGGGGACACGCGUUAUGUCUCCUUGUGAACACACGAAUGCAUUGAUGCACAGAAGCUCUUCCGACGUCCGGCAGAUGGAAAACAGCGGCAUGGCGCCGUCUCUCCCUGUUGUCCUCUCUUGUCAUUGUCCAUCCUCAGACUGUGGGAGUCAGUGAUGACAUCUCUCAGGCAUCGUCUGACACUUCCCAAUCCCUAACUGCAUUACCAUGGCAACAGGAAGAAAAGGCUCCACCUCCAAGGCUGGCGGGGUGCACUUCCCCGACGACGAGGAGCCCCCCGGCUCUCCAACACGGAGACACGACGAGUCCAACCUCUGUACCCUCGUUGCUGUCCUGGAGAAGGACGGCAGCUACCUGGUCAAGGCUGGUUUCCUGAAGUGCCACCACUGCUAUGAGAUUGUCUUCACCGUCCCAGAUGUCCCCACCCUGGGCAAAGAGCUCUCUUGUCUCCCUUCCUCCUCUCCAACUCGGCGGUUCCCCAACCUGCGGGUCCAUCGUAUUAAUUCCACCGUGGAGGGAGGAGUGAAGGUAACGUGUGAGUACAAGACUCACCAGGAGGGAGUGCUGCAGGAGGAGAUCACCCUGGGAACCAGAGGGAGGAAAGGAAGCAGUCUGAAGGUCAGAUUCCAGGCAAAGAUAAUUGACCCACAUCACGGGACUCCCAUGCUGCUAGAGGGGGUGAAGUGUCUGGAUGCUCAGAAACACCCCCACAGGAAGCAGAGCAGUGAACGAGAGAGGAUGUGAUACAAUGGUACAGACACGUUUCUGUGUCUUCUCAAUCUGGGUCAGGACCCAACACCAAAUUAGAAACCGCUUCAGUGAAUAAUGGCUGUGGGAAGCUAAGUUUGGGUACCUUAAUAUUCCGAAAUAUGUGUCAGAUAAUGAUAACCUGUCAAAACCCUGUCACAAAACAUGUGCUUGAUGAUGAGCCUCUUCCCCCCCAAAAAAUGUUAAACACUUUGUACCAAUUACCACAUUUACUUGUCUGAGAUCUACUCUUAUGUUGAUGAUCUGCAGCCAGUUAGCAUUAAAAGUCCAGACUUAAUAGGGAGUCGGCUCAGAUUCCCUGCAUGUAGUCAGAAGGGUUUGUGCAGGAUUACACACUGUUUCCCACGAAUAACCAAAUAUUUUACUGCACUUCAUUAUUGCACCAAUACUAUUCCCACUGUAGACUUUAGUGACGCCACUUGUUCAGGGCACUGGGGCAGCACGGCAUGUUUGCCAUAAGAUCUCUUCAUAACAAGUCCACCUUUUGCUAUCAGGUAACAUCAUUCCAGCACUUCAAAGCAAAAAGAUGUUCAUCGAACCCAACUGUCUGUUGUAUGUAUUUUAUUUGUGGCUAAAAAUGUAACUUUUAUAAUAUGGGACAUUGCAUUACAUGGUUAACAACACAAUAAUUCUAACAUUUUUGAUGUGCUUAAGAAGUAGGACAUAUUAUCCAAAGACUUGACUGAUUGUGAUCUGAACUGAAAGACAAACUGUUUAUUUCUGGGCAGGAAAUGCCUUUACUGGUAUUAUUAAAUUAUAUUUAGGAGUUUUAAAAACAUGCUGUUUUGCUUUAAGCAUCUUUUCUGUAAGACGUCAGCAUUGCCUUUUUCAUGUGUAUCAUGACAGCUCCCAUCAAAUAUUACAAUCACUUGUUGUAGUUGUAAAUAUACUGUUAUAACAUACUGGUAUGAUGUAACAACAUAAAGCAUUGGUGUUUUACCCUUUAUUUGCAUGAUUAUUACUGUAUGUAAGAAGGUUUAACCAAUUUAACUGUCCCGACUAAAUAACAAGGACAUGUUCAACUUCUGAAGUUUUAUAGCUGUUCAUGUUCGCACGAGUAGAGCAAGAUAAUGUUUGUAUUGAUGUUCAAUCACCUUGAUGCAGACAUUCUAGACUGCAUGCUAACCUGUUAGCAUCCAGUAAUGAUUGUUACGAUGUCUCAGUGUAUUGCUGCAGGAAAUACAUAUAUUUGUAGGCUAGCAGGAAGUUAGCAUCAGGCUAGCACCUCAAAAGGCCAAUUGCAUUUGGCACAUUGCAGACAAGGAACCGUAUAAGAAAACAAUGUUUAUCAUACAGGUUUGUCAAGAUCUUUUUCCCCUAAUGGACUCCUCUUCUGUGGCCUAUAAAGUAUGAAUACGUUCAGCCGAUGGAAAACGCUAGUGUAGCUGUUGUGCACUAUGGUAACAUCAAAUCAUGUACGAUGUAUGAUGUGCUUAAAAACUGUUCACUAUAAAGUCAUAACACUGAGCAUUUAAGUCUGUUUGGUAUUUACACCCAUCGGUCUGCAAAUCUAACCGUUGUGUUGACUCAAGCACAGAGAGAACCGAGCUGUCAAUGGUACCAUUUGGGUCAUUUUACAAGUUAUCAGUAAAUAUGGCUUCACCUUUGAUUCUAUCAAAGAUAUUACUAUUAUUUUACAGGGGAGAAUUCUACCAGUACUAAAUAAGCAGUCUACUACAACAUGAUACUUGCUAAAUGUAGGGUCCCUGGUUGCGUCGUUUAUUUGUCUGUCCCUCGUACAACCCACAUGUGCUACAUGUUAGCUGUUAGCCGUUAGAUUACGGUUAGCUUAUGCUAACAGGCUUCAAAGUAACACCGCUCGCUUGUUUCUCAGUGUUAGAAAGACGCUUUGAUGCUUCUAGAGACACGUGUUGGGAGACAUUGCUGUUGGUUUAACCCUUGUGGAUUCUGCACUGUGGUGCUCUGAUUGUGUGCUUCUGCCCAUCACUGAACCGCCUGUCUGUCUCCACCAUGUCAAUAAAGUGUACUCUUACGUGUA